AUGGCCUCGAACGAAUUAGCGAACAAAUUGGAAGACACAACUCAAUCAUUGUAUGAUUUGGCUUUGGUAAUUUACAAUUUGGAAGAUACGACUCCUCCAGAUACUAUUCCAGAAAAUAUUAGCACAUUGGUGAGUCAUCUUAGGGCACUUCCUAAGAUUGCUAAUAAGGCAAACGAACCGAUUUCUCAGGAUGUGCUAGAUUAUGUUGAACAAGGUAGAAAUCCUGACGUAUACGCUCGACAAUUCAGUGAGCUAGUUCAAAAAGACAAUCAAUAUGUGCAUGGAAAAUUUUUAGCUAUGGAAGAGUUUCAACAAACUCUGGCUGAAGAAAUUGCUUCUGCUUAUCCCAACCUACGAAAGGAUGUGGAUGAAAUUCUCGCACAAGGUUCUAAACAAGGCGACGCUUCUUAA